ACAACAAGCAUCCAGUACUGACGACAACCUGAAGUUAGUUCCGACCCUCAGUCUUACCUGGCGGUCCAACACGAACACUUGCCUUCUAACACUCGACCUAAUACUGCUCCGACGACUCUGUAUCAUGAUGAUACGGGCAGUAUUGGUACUGGCAGUGGUGGCAGUGGUCUCUGGAGGACCCACGAUGAAGGUCUAUGAGAAGUCCGACUCUCACAAGUACCAGCAAGUACUGGUGCCGGUGUCAUCCACAGUCAUCCCGCUAGAUGACCUGCCCGUGUACCAGGUGAGUGUCGGGUUCGGCUUGGAAACGCCCACACCCGGCAAGUUCAAACCUGACGGACCCGUGAAGCUGAUCACAAUUCACAGCAUCAAGAACAAGAACAAGGGAAAGAGAGAUCCCGAUGCUGCCCUGAUCGAGGAGGUCACGCCGGAGGAGUACAAGAAGCUCACCCAGCAGUAGACCCGCCCGUCCACCCAGCAGUAGACUCGCCCGCCCGUCCACCCAGCCGUAGACCCGUCCACCUGCCCACCCACCACUACAUUUAUAUGCACCACCACCACAAACCUUUGUACUUACCUAUUACUGCUGUAACUCCACAGACGACAACCACAUCUUGCUACAGAACCACACACACACACACACACACACACUUUUCUCGAGUAAUUUUCAGCCUAACUUAAUAUUUCACCAUGACUCUAUAAAACUGUUGUAUGUGGUACAUGUUAUAAUACGUAUAAAGUUUGAUGCUAACAACGUGAGAAUGUAGAACAGUUCACUGUAGAAGCAACAAUGUCAUAACCGUGAGUCACUUAAAACGAAUCUCAACCUCCAGACAGCGAGCGUUGUGGUUAUCUUCUGUACAGUUUUGAACAAGAAUAUAAAUGCCGUUGCUGCUGCCUUAUCGACUCAGCCUAAUAUGAAUUACUUGUUAGAAUUCAUUCUUUGUGUUUCUCUUUGGAAUGUGAUGGGAAAUAGGGUGCUUUUAAUCGUGGGGGUGAGGUGUGGGGAAGGUUAGUGCACAGAGGGGAUCAGUUUUAUAGGUCCAGAACUAACUACAAUGGGAUCACAACUAUUAACUACAAAGGGAUAACAACUCUAUUAACUAUAAUAGGAUCACAGCUCUAUAAACUACAAUGGGAUCACAACUCUAUUAACCAUAUUGGAAUCAUAACUAUAAUAUGAUCACAGAUCUAUUAACCCUUCACUAUUAGACAGCAAAAGCGGAAUUGGAAACCUUUUAUCUCUAUACUGUAUAUAUUACAUCGAAAAUUAUAAAUAUCCGAGACUGGCGAAUGGUUGGAACUCUUACGAGUCAAUGAUUCGUUAAGUUAAUCUAAAAAUAUUUUAACUCAUUGUGAGUGAUAAGUACAGAUGAUUGGACUGUCGAACUUUCACCAUAGACCCACAAGCAACAAACUAAUUUCUAUGUAACACUAGUGAAGCGCCUCCUGGGUGUUAUAAAUAAUAAUAUUGUCUUUCAGUACCUAAGAAAAUCAUUAACAUUUUUAUUCAAGUCAAAAAUGCUCUUCUAACAACACAUUGUGAGAUAUUAAUCAAAGCUUUAUAUGGAAGACUUGUGCCAUGAGUUGAGAAUUUAUUCUGUGAUGUAUAAUACUUUAAUAACUUUACUGUAACAUGUGAAAUAAAUCUAUAAAUUAUGAAA